AGAUGCUCACCCUCUUCUUUAUUAGUAGGUAAUUGGCGAACAAUGAACUCAACCUCGGAUUCAAGCAUUGCUUUUUCUACAUCUAGCUUGGCUUUGCAAUUUGCAUUAAAGAAGUGCUCAACAGUCAUGACUUCUCUGAUUUCAUGGGCUAAGAAGGAGAUAGCUCAACUCAAAACCCACAAGUCUCCCAAGGUACAGGAAGUGGUUAUUGAAGCUGAUGUACAGUGCAUUGAGUGCCAAAAGAGGCUAGCUGAUGCAAUUUCAAGAAUGCUUGAUACAGCAGAGUCCAUGGUUGUACAUGUAUCACAGAAGAAGGUGACACUCAAUCACAAAUCGCAGUAAAAAAAUAUAAUUUACGUUCAAAUUCUGCGGAAUUUUGCAUUUUUUCUUCAUAUAGUUGCUUUCACUCUGAAAUUUUACUUCAGAAAUUCAGCGACUUUUAUUCAAUGUAUAUCAUCAUAUAGAGUUGCUUUCAGUCUGAUAUUAGUUAAAAUGGAUGAAUAUGUGUAAGAGGCCUAUUUUCCAGGAAAAUGAAUUUCUUGGAAAAAACUGUACAAGUUGAUGCCAACUUCCCAUCAAAAUGGUAGAGGCACCUACCAAUGAGAUUGGGUCAUGAUUUCAAUUUUUACCAUGAAGCAGAAUAUAAUAGAGAGAAUUUUUCAAUUUGAAGAAUAAAAAAUUCUAGAAUAUAUGUCGAUAUUCAAUUUUUUUGGCAACGGAUUCAUGUAUAGUGGAUGGAAUUCAAAUCCUGACAUUUUGUAUCACAGCAAUUCUCAUAUUUGUCUGGUGGAUGGAAUUUUAAUCCUGAUGUUCGUGUGGCAAUAAUUUUCAUAUUAUCAUUGAGCUCAAGAUCCAUUGCACAUGUU